AUGCUCAAAUGUCAUGUCACUUAUUUUCAAUAAAAUUUGGUUUCAUUAAGUUACGGUCUAGAAAAAUGGAAUAAAAUAUAAAUUAUUUAAAUAUUGUGUAGUAUUUUGGUAGUGCAAUUGUUAUACACUAGUUUUUAAACAUGAUUAAAGCUAUUCUUGUAUUUAAUAACCAUGGCAAACCUAGGUUAUCAAAAUUCUAUCAGUACUUUCCAGAAGAUAUGCAGCAACAAAUCAUCAAAGAAACUUUUCAAUUAGUGUCGAAAAGAGAUGAUAAUGUUUGCAAUUUUUUGGAAGGUGGCAGUUUGAUUGGAGGCAGUGAUUAUAAACUAAUAUAUCGUCACUAUGCAACCCUAUACUUUGUUUUUUGUGUGGAUUCUUCAGAAAGUGAAUUGGGGAUAUUAGAUUUAAUUCAGGUUUUCGUCGAAACUUUGGAUAAAUGUUUUGAAAAUGUCUGUGAGCUUGAUUUAAUUUUUCACGUAGAUAAAGUGCAUUACAUUCUUAAUGAACUUGUUAUGGGCGGUAUGGUUUUAGAGACCAACAUGACUGAAAUUUUGACUAGAAUAGAAGAUCAAAAUAAAUUAGAGAAACAGGAGGCUGGAAUAGCCGCAGCACCAGCACGAGCUGUGUCGGCUGUGAAGAACAUGAACAUUCCACAACAGAUCAAAGACAUAAAAUUGCCUGACCUCCCGCAAGCAAUAAAGGACCUCAAGUUCUGACCUCAAGUAGCCAAUCAGUUUCAGAACAUUGACAUUUCCCACCUCCACUUGCCUGGCGAUUCAAAGUCUUUGUUAGAAGAACCGUCAUCGGCAAAGUAUACUUGAUAUUUCCCCAUCAAACGGAAAUAGCAAAGUGUUAACUAAAUUUUAUUCUUUAUUUCUACAAGGUAGAAAUAUUGACUAUUAAUAAUAUUGGUGAUUAAUUGUUAUCGUUCGAUUGUAUAUAAAUGUGUCGGUAUUGUUUUAGGGGAAGCUCCAUGGAUUGCGUAAUUUUACAGAGUUGUAACUUAAACUGUUAAAAAACUUUUGUUUCAAUGUUUUUAAAAUUCUAACAUGGGGAUGGAUUGUUCUAGGUGCACAGAUUUCAGAUAUAGUUCAUUAAAAAGCAGAGGCGGGAUGCAUCGAAUACUAAGCAAUUAGUUUUGUGAAUCAACAACAGCUAUUAUAUUAUAUGUUGCUAAUUCACAGAUAUUCUUUCCUUGAUAUUCAGGGAAUACUACAUGUUUGGUGUCGGUUUUACAAUGCUUUGACAAACACGCAACAAAUAUGUUGAUUCCUUUAUUACAAUUCAGACACAUUUUAUUAUAUAAUUUCCUGUUUUGCAUAUCAAAAAAACUGAAUCGGUUCUUUUAGAUAUUUUUUAUGAUUUUGAAUGAAUGCAGUAAACAAUUUCUUAUUUCAUAAAAUAACACAAUUAUUGUAAAAAUUAAAUAAUUGAACAAUGAAGUUGAACAUAAUUACAGUGGCGGACUCGAGUGGACUAAAUUUUAUAAACUGCUGGUGACAGAUUUUUUUUGUACCUAUUUAGAUAAGCUACUCAUAAAUUAAUUGUGCAUAAUAUAUUGUAUAAAUAUU